AAUCAGGCUGCAGGUUCCAGCCAAGUCUAUUAUUGUACUUUCAGGUAUGGCUGGAGGAAAGAACAAAUAUUGGCUGACAAUUUAUAAGAAUUAAAUUUUUCACUAUUAAUAAUUUAAUAAAAUUUAUCAAUAUCACAAAAUAGAUUUAAAAUUUUAUACAUCACUUAGUCUUACCUGAAAAUUAUUUCAUAAAAUAGUCAAUGAUAUUCUUUAUACGAUACUUCACGUCUAUCUGGCAAACUUCGCCAUAAUUACCACAUUACCAGUAGAAAAAGUAUAGUAAUCUAUACGAUGUUGACAUACACUGUCACCUGUCGACAUAUUAUAGAAGUAUAUAAAAUGAUUAGAAAUGAAAAUAAGUAAAAAAGCUCUUUUUAAAUUUAUUAUUAAAUAUGUAAAAGACUUACAAAAAAAUUUAAUAUUUGAAACUUAAUAUUGAUUUCAUGCGAAAAUCAUAUACGUAAAUUAUGUAAAAGAUAUGUAAAAGAAGAAUUUUAUAUAUAUUCUAAUACCAUAUGAAAUUUAAAAAAUCUUGUUGAGCUAAAAAAUUAAAAAUGUUAUAUUAAAAAAUAUAAGAUCAAUAAAUAAAUACUCAAUAUAUUUCAUAUUUAUCUUAUUUUAUUCUAUUUUACAAUAUAAUACAAUUUUUUUACAAAACUUAUAAUUAUGAUCUUUAUAAAAAAUUGAUGAAAUAAUUAAAAAAAAUUUUUUUUUAAAAAUUGUAAAGAAUUCUGAAUUUGACUUAAUUAUAAUUUGAAUAACAUAAUCUUUAUAAAACAACAACAUAUACAUAAUUUAUAUUGUUCAUAUUAUAGUGCGUAGUAUAAUCUUUAAUAAAAAAUAAUUACAAUUUCUUAUAUUACUAUUUACAAUUUAUUUGAUUUAAAAUGUAAACAAACACAUAUGCAAUGUUUAUAAUAAUGAUGUUCUUAAUUAUUGAGAUGGCGCUAGAAUUCAUGUUUGUUAGAAUUUAUCAAUUUAUCAUGAUUCAUCAAUGCAUUGUGAUUGAUCAUUACCUGAUGUAUUUUAAUCAAAUAUCGCAAUAAAAUAUUAUACAUAUUUCAUAUAAACAUAUAAACAAAAUGUAUUUAAUUAACCGAUCUCUUCGCACUUAAAAAAAAUGUCUACUAUACGUUUAUGGAAGCGAAUGUGGUUUUAUUUGUUAUAUAUAAGUUUAUUCACAUUCCUGCUGAGUGACAGCGAGGACACAAAACAAUUGACGAUUUGUGAACAGAAAUCUUCUCAUAAUUUAUUAUUUGUAAGUACAUUAGAUGGAAAAAUAUCUGCUUUAGAUAUUAAUAAUCUUGAAGAAAAACAAUGGACAUUAGAAUUUAAUGAAGGAUCUAUGUUAUCAUCAAAUAUUCAUCAUAGAGAAUUAAAUAAUAAUGGAAAAUGGCUUCGUUUAAUUCCAUCUUUAAAUGGUGGAUUAUAUCAAUUUGAUGAAGAAAAUUUGGAAGAAGUACCAAUAUCUGCAAGUCAAUUAUUACAUUCAUCUUUUCGUUAUUCUGAUGAUUUAGUAUUUUCUGGUGGUAGAGAACGAAAAUCAUAUGGUGUGUCAAGUAUAACAGGAAAAAUUUUAUACGAAUGUGGAAUUAGUGGAUGUAUUAAUAUUACAAAUGGAGAAACAUAUAUUGAACAAGAAAUUCUUAUUGUUCAAAGAUUUCAACAAACUGUAAGAGCAAUUGAACCACGUACUGGUAUUGAGAAGUGGAAUUUUAGUGUUGGACAAUAUGAUUUAGUAUUGAUUCCUCAUUCUGAUAUUUAUUGCCAAAAUAAAGUAACACCUCAUAUUUCAGAUAUUGAAAUUAAAGUUAUUGUACCUGAAGGUUUAAUUUGGAUUGUUAAUAGAAACAAUCCUACAAUAAAGUUAUCACAACAUAAGUUUGAUUCUCCAAUUGUUACUAUAUGGCGUGAAGAUACUACUAUAAAAACCAAUGGAUAUAAAAAUUUGAAGGAAAUUAAUUUAUUUGAUAGUACACAAUGGUCUUGGGGUGCAAAAUUUUCAUCCAGUCCAGCUAUUUAUUUGGGUAUGCAUAAUAAACAAUUGUAUGUACAAGAAAAUACUGAAUUCUAUAAAUCAUUAGAUGCAUCACCAAGAUAUAUACAACAUUUAAAAUAUCCAUGGAAACCUUAUCCUGCUAUUGGUAAAGCAAUUAAAAAGUCUCUUUUAGAUCAUGUAACAAAUAAUAAUAAUAAUGAUGAUUUAUUUGAAAUAAGCGAUACACAAAGUACUACUGCAUUAUCAGUUCUUUAUAAUUCAGAAUACAUAAAUGAAAAUGGAUUUUAUUUAUACUCAACAAGUCAGUUGGAAAUAGAUAAUAGUAAACAAUGUAACUAUACUAAUUCAGAUUUAAUACUUAUUGAAGAAAAACAGAAAUUAUUUGGAACAAAUAAUAUUCAUAAAGAAGAUGAAGAUACUCCUGUUCAAGUUAUAAUUGUAUCAUUAUGGUAUUGGUGGAAGGAAGUUUUGAUAAUCUCAAUUACUACUGCAAUUUUACUUAAUUUUAUGUUAACACAACGUCUGUUAAAUGCUACAACAGUUGCUAAAGAUGCAGUACUUCCGCCUUUAAUAGUUGAAAGACAUAUAGAGACGAAUAAAAAUAUUCAACUAUCUAACAACGAAAAAGAAAUUGAUAGUUUUAAUUCACGUUAUCUCACAGAUUUUGAACCAGUGGAUUGUUUGGGAAAAGGUGGUUAUGGCGUCGUUUUUAAAGCAAAAAAUAAAAUAGAUGAUUGUAAUUAUGCUAUUAAAAGAAUUGCUCUACCAAACAGUAUAUAUUCAAGAGAACGUGUGAUGCGAGAAGUAAAAGCAUUGGCUAAAUUAGAUCAUCAAAAUAUUGUAAGAUAUUUCAAUGCAUGGCUUGAAUGUCCACCUUCAGGAUGGCAAGAAAAACAUGAUCCUCAAUGGAUAAACAAAUUAAUAUCUUCAAAUUCAGAUUUUACUUCAGAAAUAAUUUAUACAACACCAAAAAUUAAUAACUCCGUUUGUAUUAAUGUUAGUCAAACUGAUCAAUCUUCUGAUCUAGAUAGUGCUUGUGAAGCUUAUGAAUUGAAUUAUAAUUUAAAUGAAGAUUCUUUUGUCGUUUUUGACAAAUCCUAUUCAGUUAAUCAGAAUGAAAAUGUUAUAAAUAUCAAUAACUCUAAAAUUGAGAAUUCCAAUUCAUCUCAUUCAAUUAAUAAAAUUGAAAAAAUAUUAAAAAGUAAUAAUUCUACACAUUCUGAAAGUAUUCUAUUUAAACUUAAUACUGAUUGUGAAUUUUCACAAAAAGAAGGAAAAAAAAAACAAAAAUCAUUUUCUUUAGAUCUGAACAAUAAAUCGAAUACACGUAAGUCCCCGAAAAUGUUUCUUUAUAUACAAAUGCAAUUAUGUCAAAGAUUAAGUCUCAGGGAAUGGCUAAAGAAUCAAUCAUUGCGAGAUUAUCAUUAUGUAUUAAAUAUAUUUUAUCAAAUUGUUGAAGCUGUGGAAUAUGUUCACUUACAAGGACUUAUUCAUCGUGAUUUAAAGCCUUCGAACAUAUUCUUUUCUUUUGAUAAUAAAAUAAAAGUUGGAGACUUUGGUCUUGUAACUGCAAUGACAGAAAGUUAUAAUGAAUAUAAUGAAGCUCAUACUCCCUCCUCAGAAAAUGAAAAUAUUACUUUUAAAAACACUUUACAUACUGCAUAUGUCGGUACUCAACUUUAUAUGUCACCUGAACAAAUGAAUGGCCAAGGUUAUAAUUAUAAAAUCGAUAUUUAUUCUUUAGGAAUCAUUUUGUUUGAAUUACUUAUUCCAUUUGUUACUGAAAUGGAAAGAAUAAAUGUUCUUUUAAAUUUAAGGAAAUUAGUAUUUCCAAAAAAUUUUAAUAAUAAUUAUCCGGCGGAGUAUAAUUUAUUGAAAAUGAUGUUAGAUGAAAAUCCCAAUAAAAGACCUACAACAUUAGGUAUUAAAGCUAAGCCACCAUUAUUAAAUUAUGAAAUAGCUAACGGACUCAGUAUAAAUGAAAAUACAAAGUGGCAUUUUGAAUUGCCUCAAUUGACACAAAUUUCUUCUGUGAUUAGCAAUAAUAGUGAAUCUUACUAAAAUAUAAAUUAAAUAAUUAUAAGUUCAUAAUUAAUUAUAAGUAGAAAAAUAUAAUAAAUAUAUAUAUUAUUUUAUUUUUA